AUGGCCAGUUCCAGGGGCAAGCUCAUUGCCGUCAUUGGCGACGAAGACACCUGUGUUGGUUUUCUGCUGGGCGGCAUCGGCGAGGUGAACCGCACCAAGCAGCCCUCACACAACUUCAUGGUCGUUGACAAGAACACCCUGCCUUCUGAGAUUGAAGCCAACUUUACCGCCUUCCUCCGCCGUGAUGACAUCGACAUUAUACUGAUCAAUCAGAAUAUUGCCGAGCAGAUUCGCCACCUCAUCGACGCGCACACUGCCCCCAUUCCCGCCAUUCUGGAGAUUCCCUCGAAAGACCAGCCGUACGACCCUAACAAGGACUCCAUUCUCAGACGGGCCAAGGGGCUGUACUCGGCGGAGGAGUACCGAUAA